AUGUUGCCCAAGCUCUCCAUAAUGUUUCUUGAGGAACAAGAAGUGGCGUUGCCUAUGGAGCCAGGAGCGCUGCCCCAGAAGCCAACUGAGGCGCUGCUCGGGAAGCCCAGACCUCUGUUUGCUUCAGCUUUGCCCAGAUUUCCCUUCUCUGUUACACCCACCGUAAUCCCAGCAUCACCCAGAAUGUUGGCUCCACCUAGCAGCAUCACCCAGUGUUUGGGACGACCUACUGGCAUCGCCAAAAGCCUCCAGUUCAGGACCUACACCCUUGGUGUCAUCUCUUGCUACUCUUCUGGUUUGGGUCACAUCUAUCCUCUCAUUCGAUGGGUUUUUCCCUGGAACACCAACCAUGGAAUUCUUUUCCCUCAAUCUCUCUCAACCGUCAAAGGAAUAACUGUAACUCUCAAGGAAAAGAAAGGAAAAAGGGGACCCUAUGGAUUUUUCCCUCUUGAAGCCCUAGAAAAUGUGCCCUAG